AUGAAGAAAGGCGGAAGGCAUCUGACCGUGGUCAUCAAGCUUGGUACAAGUUCCAUUGUCGAUGAAAAGACACAUGAGCCUCUGCUUCCAAUCUUGACCCUCAUUGUUGACACGGCCGUCAAGCUGCAAAAGUCGGGCCACCGCGUCGUCAUUGUGUCAUCGGGCGCUAUCGGCGUUGGCCUACGCCGCAUGGACGUUGACAAGAAACCCAAGCACUUGGCUCAGCUUCAGGCACUCGCUGCCAUCGGCCAAUGUAGGCUCAUCAGCCUGUGGGAUAGCCUGUUUCAGCACAUGGACCAGCCCGUUGCCCAGAUUCUCCUCACCAAGAAUGAUAUCGCCGACCGCAAACGCUAUCUCAACGCUCAAAACACAUUCAACUCCCUGCUAGACAUGGGCGUCAUCCCCAUUGUCAACGAAAACGACACACUGGCAGUCUCGGAGAUCAAGUUUGGCGACAACGACACCCUGUCAGCCAUCACGGCCGCCAUGAUCCACGCCGACUGCCUCUUCCUCAUGACCGACGUCGACUGUCUGUACGACAAGAACCCGCGGUCUCAUCCAGACGCCCGGCCCAUCGAGGUCGUCUCGGACCUGACCGAUAUCCACGCCGAUGUUUCCAGCGCCGGUUCCUCUGUCGGCACCGGCGGCAUGAGCACCAAGCUCAUCGCCGCCAGGCUCGGCACGUCGGCGGGCGUGACCGUCAUCAUCACCCGCUCCUCCAACCCCGGCAACAUCCUCAACAUUGUCAACUAUCUGUACAGCUCGCCGGCGCCGGCCGUCGCCGGCGAGGAUGAAUUGGACGGCGAGUCCGUGGUGGCCUGCUCCACUUCGCUCAAUCUCAUGGCCCCCUCGGGCACCACCCACAGUCCUCCCCUGCAUACGCGCUUCAUAGCCUCGUCAGACCCUAUCCGUGACCGCCACUUCUGGCUGCUGCACACCCUCACCCCCCACGGCACCGUGUACAUCGACAAGGGUGCCCACCGCGCCCUCGUGGGGAAGGCAGGCCUUCUUCCCGUCGGUGUCGUCGACGUGGAGGGGAACUUCGCCCAGCACGAACCCGUCCGCGUCGUCGUCGUCGACAGGCUCGCCGAGCCCGGUCCGGACGGCAGAAUUCGCGGCAGUCAUGCCGAGGAAGUCGGACGCGCUCUGGUAAACUACGCCUCUGCUGAGAUCACGAGGGUCAUGGGCCACCAGAGUGCCGAGAUUGAGGAUCUUCUCGGUUAUGCGGACAGCGAAUACGUCAUUAACCGGCAGCAUGUUGUCUUCUUCCAAAAGGGCAGCCGCCCAGUGUCUCCGGUGGAGAAUUAG